AAACCAUGUCGUGAUCCAGCAGCAUCUCCUUGUGCUCAUAGUGUCAAAAGUUUGUCAGUGAAACCUAUUUUAAAGUGACAACCAUUUGUUUCUGAGGAUAUAGGCAGUGAUUUUCUCUGUGCUUUGACAGAAAAAAAACAUAAAAAACAUGCCAAUACACCACAGUCCAGGUCUGGACCCAAAUGCUGUCCCAUUCAGACCGGGACCUACAACCAAAACAGAUUUAAAACCUGACCGGGUUCAGCGUCUGAAGAAAUGUGAUACCACUUAGCCAAUCAACUCUGUGCAUUUGGGGUAAACACUGGGACUCUUCAGUGUCAAUGGCACUUUUAUAAAUGAAAAAAACAGUAGAAAGAAGAAGAAGACACUAUGGUGUGAAGACGUGUUUCCCGGGGCUCCGCAAAGCAGUGACAAAAAUAUUAUUUUAAGACACAUCUGCACUUUCUAUAUCAGCCUUGUGGGCUCUAAGUAGCCCUUUUUGCUGCUGGGUGCCCGUUUUUUUUUUAGUUUUUUUUUUUAGUUUUUUACUCUUGGAGGUCGGGAAACCUGCUUUUGACAACUUCUGAGAAAGGCCGCAUCUGAGGCCUCGGAGUUUCCUUCCUGGUUGGCUGUGGUGGCUGCAGCAGUAGCGUCCGGUUUUGCUAUCUUCAUGGCCUUUCCCUCACAUAUCUGGCUCCAGGAACGACAGCUUCCCUUGCAUUCUGUCACCAGUGAGGGCUAUGGGUGGGCCGCGUGAGGACAAUCAAGUUCUUUCACUAAAAGUCCCACCAUUUGCCUCUUCUUUUUUUUUUUGCAUAAUGGGAGAUAAGAGGAAGCAACGGAGAAAACGGGGCCAGGCUGAUGCGGGUGAUUCACAGAGCCCGGAGCUGGGACGCGACUCUCAACGUGACGCGGCUAUCACGGAGAGCAGCUACAAGCAGGGUGCGGGCGCACCGCUCAGCAAAGCCACAUUUACCAGAGCAUUGGAGGUUUUGAAACGGGACAUCUGCAACAAGCUUGACUGCAAGAUUGAUACAGUUACCCAUACACUGCGGUCAGAAAUAUCAUCUGUGAAGGCUGAGUUUAAAGCUGCAAUAACCACCUUACAGGCCACCAUUAAUGCUCAAGGGACCACCAUUAAAGAUUUGGAGCUUUCAGCUACAACCUGCAGUGACGACCUGACUUCUCUUCAAUCUGCUGUAAGUGUCCUAACGGAGGAGUUCAGACAACUGCAAGCUAAAUGUGAGGAUUUAGAAGGAAGGUCAAGGCGGAAUAACAUUCAUCUUAUUGGCGUCCCCGAGGGUUUGGAGACAUCUAACCCUAGGGAGUUUAUUUCCCAUCUCCUGCUAGUUCGGCCUGUUCUAUCCUGCGGAACUGAGGGUGACACUUCCAGAUGGAGCUUUGCGGCAGGAUGCCCCUCCUCCCUGAUGCCCCUCCUCCCUGAGAGCCAAAAGAUACCACUGUGCUGUCGACCAUAUGCUGCUGCAGUUCAGCGAUGAACACCCAUUAGAAUGAUUCCUGCGGUUGGGGGGCAUCCAGGUGUUGCGGUGUUAAGAUGUUGAAAGGGAGUUUUUCCUUCCCAGUGUUGCCAAAGUGCUUGCUCAUAGGGGGUCAUAUGA